GAGCUCAUCAACAUUAGUCUUCAGAUCUUUCACAGCCCAGCGCUCUGCUCUUAUAAUGUCUACUCCCGCCUCUUCCUCGCAGCUCACGCCAACGUCUUCAACACCAGUCGCAGCACCAGUCGCAGCACCGGGACGCGUCCCUCCGCAAUACCAACCCCCUCCUCGCAAAACCCUUUUUGAGAGGUUCAAGCACUGGGCCACAUCGGGCCCAUAUCGCGAGCGCAAGCGCUACACCCAGGAUUUUCCUGGAUCAGACGGACCGGAGGAGGAUGUUAGGCAGGACUUCCCCGGUGCGGCCGGAAACUCAUGAUCGGCGCAAUCCUCGUCGAGGGAUUCAUAAAGAGCGCAUCCUUGUUGGCCUGCUCGUUGUCGGUCUACUCCUUCGUUGGAUGGCUAGUGGACCCAGCAGGCAGCGGUCGAGGAUGAGUGAUGGAUGAAGUGGCGGUGUGGUCUUUUUCUCAAUGCUGUGGCAAUUUGUCGUUGUUUUCUUUUAGACUGCUAGUUCACUAUAAUGGGAUUCCCACG